UAUAUCAAUCUCUCAAAGAUAGGGACUUGAAGAGUUGUCAACGCAUCUUCUUCGUUUCGUGCCUAUAUAUAUGAUCUCUAUCUGAUUCUGUUUGCAGAACAGCUUUGAUUGGGUACAUAUGGCUUCUUCUUCUUCUUCUUCUUCUGCACAAUCUAGAAUCUCGAAUCUCCAGAAUCAUCUUUCACCUCUUGAAGCAAACAACAAGCUCAGGAGUCUGGUCAAGAUAUCUCCACAAGUAUCUGAAGCCUUAUCCAAUGGGCUCGCUGUGGUUGCUCUUGAAUCAACCAUAAUCUCCCAUGGGAUGCCUUACCCUCAAAAUCUACAAACAGCAAAAGAGGUGGAGUCAAUUGUGAGAGAAAAUGGAGCAAUCCCUGCAACAAUAGCUAUCCUGAAUGGAGUACCUUGCAUAGGUCUGAGCGAAGAAGAAUUAGAACGUCUUGCAUCUCUGGGAAAAAGUGUCCAAAAGACAGCAGGCAGAGACAUACCGCAUGUUGUGGCUACAAGAGGAAACGGUGCAACUACAGUCUCUGCAACGUUGUUCUUUGCUUCUAUGGUUGGCAUCCAAGUUUUUGUGACGGGUGGGAUAGGGGGUGUGCAUAGACACGCUAACCAUACUAUGGACAUCUCAUCUGAUCUUACUGCACUUGGAAGAACCCCUAUAGCAGUGAUAUCAGCAGGCGUUAAAUCAAUACUUGAUAUUCCAAAGACUCUUGAAUAUUUGGAAACUCAAGAGGUGUUUGUUGCUGCAUACAAUAGCGAUGAGUUUCCAGCAUUUUUCACAGAAAAAAGCGGCUGUAAGGCACCUUCCCGUGUAGAUAGCCCUGAAGACUGUGCUCGAGUAAUAGAUGCAAACAUGAAGCUGAACCGUCAGGCAGGGAUUCUAUUUGCUGUUCCAAUUCCAAAACAGCAUUCAGCCGCCGGAAAUCUUAUCGAAUCAGCAGCACAGCGUGCUCUUACUGAAGCAAGGGAACAAAACGUUACUGGAAAUGCAGAAACUCCAUUCUUACUUGCACGGGUUAAUGAAUUAACUGGAGGCACUUCACUUGCCGCAAACAUUGCGCUUGUGAAAAACAAUGCCCUUAUCGGUUCUCAGAUUGCAGUAGCCCUUUCUCAGCUGAUGUGAGCUUCCUAAUCAAUCUCAAGCUCAACUUCAAAUUCAGGACUGAUCGAAGAUGUUUUGGUGUUUUUAUGUUGGUCAUCAAAGAUUUUUUCGUUAGCUCAGGAAACUCUAUAACCUAUUUUCACAUGUUAUACAUAUAAUAAUAUAUCAUGUGGAACCUGGUUUCUCUCCUU